AUGACGUACACUGAUGCUUCCCAGACCUGUGCUGCAGACGGGGGGCAUCUCGCCGAUGUCACGUCACAUGAGCUGCAGGAGUUCCUUAUAACUGAGGCACACGGAACUGCCAAUCACUGGAUCAGUCUUCAGAAUGCACCAGCAGGGUGGACUUGGUCAGAUGGAGGGCCGAUCAGAAAUUGCAAUUUCACCUACUGGGCACCGGGCCCGGGAGAAGAGGAUGCCUGUCCCGAACCCUGCCCCCUGGGGUACCUGAUGUGCGGAGACGGGGAUGCCUGCCUCCUGGCGUGGAAGUGGUGUGACGGCAGGGUAGACUGUACAGACGGGAGUGAUGAGGAAAGCUGUGAAUGCUGGACAAUUCCCGGAAACUUCAACAACAGCAGACUUGCGAUGUUACCGAACCAGCUGGGGCAGACGACAUUCGAGGAGAUACAAAACUCCUCUGUGGCCGAGCUGCUCAACAUUAACAGUUCGUACGGCAACCCAGAGGGAGUCCACCCCGAGUUCGGACAGUUUGUAUCAACGAUCCUCUACCCGAGAUGCAAUGUCUCCGAUCGAAACACGUGCUCAUCACCAGGAAAUGCAGACGACAUUUGCAUUGGUACACCGCUGCUACCGUGCCGCUCGUGGUGUGAGGAGGUCCUCAACACGGCUGAUGACAGGAUCAGGAACCUGCUGCCACAAUGUGACGUAUUCCCUCCUCCACAACAUGGAUGCUGGAACUCUGAGCCAGAGAUAAAGAACAAUGAAGUUUGCUACUAUGGUAGCGGCAUGAACUACCGUGGUACAGGAAGUACCACUUUAUCCGGGGCUGCUUGCGUAAAGUGGACCGCUGCGCAAGGCGGUUUCUACACAACCGAGUACCCCUGGGCUAACCUCGUCCACAACUACUGCCGUAACCCUACCGGACUCGAGCGGCCAUUUUGCAUAACGGAAGAUGGUAGCCAGGAGGAAUGUGACCUCAUUCCGUGCAAUGCAGACGGCUGCAUGGACCUGGGUCCUCCAAACUACGGCAGGAGAAGCCCUGGCAAGAGGUUCUACUUUGUGGGAGAAAGGGUCGCCUUCACCUGUAACGAGGGGUACUCCAUUAAGUCUGGAUAUACCAACGAAGUCAGGUGCAUCGGAAAUGGCAGAUGGGAAUAUGUCAAGCCCAUUUGUUCAGUGAAUAUGAGGGGUAGACUGGAGAAAGAGCUGCUGGAUGUGUACAGUCCGAACCUGGCGCCUGAAGGAAACGUCCUCAUCGGUUUCACUGGGUCUGUGGUACAGAUCGUAGACUUGACGUGGCAGGACAGUCGUCUGGAAUGGGAUCCAAGGUACUACGAUGGAAUCGACGUAUUCAGUGUUCCGGGGAGUGGUAUUUGGACUCCAGCACUCAACCUCAAGAGAAACGCCGAUCCUUCGUACACCGGCCUGGAAAAAGGCAUACCAGUCCAGGUCAACAACACUGGCGUGAUAACUUGGAGGGUAGAAACGCUGACCACCACCGUGUGUGAUGCGGACCCCUUCUACUUCCCUGUAGACACCAUGGAAUGUCACAUCUGUUUCUCCGCAACCUCAGCUAUCGGCCAAGCCAUCCAAUGUGGACACGGCAACUCUACAGAAGACUAUUCCAGCAGUCUCAGCUGCGAUGCCUCCUCUCCCGCUGUCCAGGAGGGUGAAUGGUAUCGGAAGGACAGGUUCUUUGCAAAAUCAAAUGCGGAAGCUUGCUUCGCAGUUCAGCUGGAGAGGAUCCCCUCGUUCCACAUCGCCACCACUAUCGGGCCCUGCGUCAUCCUGGUAGUACUGAUGGUCAUCACCUUCGUCAUGCCACUGGACAGGGGUGACCGGAUCUCGUUCGGAGUGACCAUCCAACUCUCCAUGGUCGUGUCUCUCGUGUUCGUCACGGACGUUCUUCCUGUCAAGGGAGCGCUGCCGUUUUUCGCCACGCUGAUCGUCGUGUACAUGGCCCUGAUGGGAGUUUUCCUCUUCUUCACCAUGGGCGUCAUCACCAUCCACGACAUGGAUGGGUGUCUGUCUCCGUCCGCGAAGACUUUCUUUCUACGCUACAUGGCAAGGAUGCUGCUGAUGGGAGACCUCACGAAGAAGAAUGGCCCAAGCGACGACGGAGAGACUGAUUUGACAAGCGACAGCGUCAUAGAGCUGACCAUCGAAGACAAGAAGUCGCUCUUCGGAGAAGACCCAGCCAUCUUCGGAACAAAGCACCACCCAUUCGCGCCGGACAUGGCCGAGACCAUUUUAAAAAAGAGGGGGACCUGCCAGGGUAUCCGCAGGUCUGCCAAGCUCUUUGGUGAUGUGCGUUCACGGGUAACGGCCCAGCCUACUGAAGCGUUGGAGAAGUCAGGGUCUGCAGGCUUCCUGCAGAUGGCCUCCAGUAUGAAGGAGCUCGCCACGGCAGUCAACAACCAGACACAGGAGCUGGGAGAGAUUUUCAAGGCGAUGAAGAACGAGGAGGAAAAGGAUGUGUCCGACUACACCCUGCUGGCCAAAGUCCUGGACAGGCUGUGUCUUGUCCUGUAUGUCAUCUGCAUCUCAGCGGCAGUGCCCGCAACCAUGUAUCUGGGGAAGUAA